AUGAAUAAAUUUCUUCUAACUUUCAAGGACAAAAAGAUAGAAAAACAAUACUAGGAUAAUAAAUUAAAAACUCUUCAACAACCAAUUUUUUAUUGGCUUCUUGCUAUGACUAUUGCUUUAAACCUAUUAAAAGUGAUUCUCGACUAUACAUAUUAUUAAGUAAACAAUUAAAGUUGGAUGAAUAUAAGUUUCUUAUCUUUAGCAGUAAUUGAAUUAUUCUUAGCAUGCUAUAAAAAAUAGUACAUCAAGUACGCUUUAAUAAUUUCAAACCUUUCAGCAGGAUUGUUACAAAUUAAUUUUAAUGAAACUAAUACUUUCCCUUAGGAAUAUUAUGCUUAUGGUAGCUAUUAUGCCAUGCUCUCUGUAGUUGUUUAUUUUAUGACUGAUUUUCCAUAUAGCCUUUUUUAGGUAAUUGUCCAUUUGAGUAUGAAAAUCUUUUUUACAACCACAUAGAGUCAAAGAAUAGAUAUGUUAGGAGUAGUGCUGGGACUUAUUACAAGUGUGUUCUUAGUGUUAACAUUAUAUAUUUGUGAUUGGAAUUCUAGAAGACAAUUCUUACUAAACUUGAGAGAAGUUAGAUGGGAAGAGUCUUUACCUAUUAUUAUCAAAAAACCUUUUUUUUUAUUUUCAUAUUAGGAUAAAAAUAUGUCCUUCUAAGUCAAUAGAUCAUUCAAUCACGAAUUUUUUCCCUAUUAUAAUUUGGAAGAUUGCAAAGGUUGUAAUUUCAGGUAUUUUUUAAGAAUGUGCAAAGUGGAUAAUAAUAAUUUAGAAAUUUAUCUAUUUGAUAAAAAAAAUGAAAAGCUAGAUUUUGAUUUGGUGUACAAAAAUAAAACUCAUAGAUUUGAACUUAGAAUUUGUUCAAUAGGAUUGGAUAAAAUUAAUUAUCUUGUAAUAUUGGAGAAACUAAAACUAUUGACGUAAAGUUACAUUCCUAAAUAAACUAAUCUUCGUCAAAAGAUAUUUCAAAUAAAAAAGACCCAAAUAAAAUAUUAACAUUAAAAACAUUUCUUACUUGGUGUAUUUUCAAUGUUUCUCUAUAACAACAAAGAAAUUUCUUCAGUAAAUUUAGUUGA